AUGGCAAAUCAAGUGCUCGAGAUUCCCCAGUCAUUUCCGCAAGGAUCUUUUAAGGGUCGCAUUGCGCUAAUCACGGGUGGCAGCUCAGGUACGUGAAGCCGACCAGGGCCAUCGUCCUCUCGUGCUGGCUGUCGGCAGCUUUCGCAGUCGCAUCAGCAGUUUGUUCUUGUCUAGGCCAGGGCUUUUAUUGAUGCGAGUAUGGUCGUUCUACAGGUAUCGGUUUGUCUACGACGCAGACCUUGCUCUCGCUAGGCUGCAACGUCGUGAUCGGUGACCUAUCACCCCCACCUUCGAGCCUCUCGGACGUGGCGUCCAAAUCCGGCGCCGAGUUGACCUUUAAAAAAUGCAACGUCGCCGACUACUCGUCCCUUCUCGCGCUCUUCAAGCACUCCAAGAGCCAUUUCGGAGCCUACCCUUCCCUCGUGUUCGCCAAUGCCGGUAUCGCCGAACGAGGCAAACUUUUCACCUUUGAUUCGCCCGAAACGGAUCCUUCGAUCGAGGUCGAACCCGAUUACUCAGUCAUUGAUAUUGACCUCAAGGCCGUUGUCAGUACGGUUAGGAUUGGGAUGUGGGGGAUCAAACAGAACAGUGAUGAAAGAGCCGGACCGGAUGUGGGCAAGGAUGCGAGCAUCGUCAUCACCGCUUCGAUGGCGGGUUAUGCUGGGCAGGGUGGAUUGCCGGUGUGAGUGGAUGCAGUGUCUACUACUACAUGUGCUGCAGAUGACUCCAGUGGCUGAUGCCUUGUUCUCUCAAACCCUUGGAUUCUUUCUCAUGAACUACAAACGACUCUGGUUAAAUGCACUGAACGUCAAAAAACCGCUUACUAUAGUUACAACGCCGCCAAACACGGCUGCAUCGGUCUGGUCCGUUCGAUGCGCUUCCUCGCCCCCGCCCAAGGCGUCUACGUCUCUUGCGUCGCGCCGGCCAUCACGACGACUCCCUUGAUCUCUUCGUCGUUGCCUUACGUCCCCGGAUCGGAAUCCAUGACCCAAGCCUUGGUCGAAAAGGCGUUCGUCUCGGCCGGUGUGCCGAUGAACACCCCUCAACACGUCGCCAACGCCGUAGUGUACCUCAUGGCCGAGGGAUCGAAAGCGAGUGGCAAGGGCAUCUUGUGCCAAGGCGGGCAAUAUGCGGAUCUGGAGAGGGGCAUCAACGCAACGAGAGAUGCUUGGAUGAGCGCCGAGCAUGCGAGGAUGUACAGGAGUGGGAAUAAACCUACCAAGGAGAGCAUGGGCGCGGCGAAGUUGUAG